ACUGCACCUGCCUGCCAGUCACCAUUAAGUAAGCACUUCCUGGCCCCUUGAGUUGGUGCACUGAACCUGAAUCUGAAGGAUCUGGCUCCUGACACUGCCCCUUCUUAGACGUGUGGUCUCAAGCCACUCACUCAUCUUCACGGAGCCUCAGUUUCUGCGUAUGUUAAAGCAUACUCUGCCGGAAAUUGUAAAAAUUAAAGGUGAAACCCGAAUUUACCUGAGAUGGGGUCGAGGAUUUGGUCUUUUGGGUUCCAUUUUUGGAAAGGAUGGUGUAUUAAACCAGCCAAACAGUGUCUUUGGACUUAUAUUUUAUAUACUACAAUUAUUACUUGGCAUGACAGCAAGUGCAGUUGCAGCGUUGCUCCUCAUGACAUCCUCCAUCGUGUCUGUCGUGGGGUCUUUGUACCUGGCCUACAUUCUGUACUUUGUGCUGAAGGAGUUUUGCAUCAUCUGCGUCGCCACAUAUGUGCUGAACUUCAUUCUUCUUAUCAUCAACUACAAACGACUAGUUUACUUGAACGAGGCCUGGAAACGACAGCUGCAGCCCAAGCAAGACUGACCACCUGACGGACUCCUCCCGACAGUCUGAACCCCUUUCUCCAUUAAGUUUAUUUUGCAACAGUUUUGGUUUUAAUUUUUCACAACAGACACUUUCCCCAAGAAUCUUAAACUGAUUUUUUAAAAUACUGUAAAUUGGAAGGGGCCCUAGCUAUUUUCUGUGUCAAUCUUCAUUUUAAACAUGGACACAUAAAAGGAUAUGCCAAGCCAAUCAAAGACAAGCUUUAACUUUACUUUGAAGAUGUUUCUGAUAUAAUAAAAUACAGCCCUAGCCCCCUUUCCUCAGUGAGCAACCAUUGCUAGUAAUUCUUUAAUGUGUAUAAAUUCAAUUUCAGGUAUAACAAAUGUGAUCAUGACAUGAAAAUAUUUUAGACUAGAUAACUAUUAAAUAUUGCCAUGUUUACAAUAUGUAAUAUGUUCUUAGCUGAUGGAUUGAAACAUGUAGAUUCAACUAGAAUCCAUUUAUGUGAUAUUUGUACAUACAGGUAGAAAUACUGGAUCCAUCUCUGCAGAACUUACUGUACAGUUUAGGUGACGUGUAGCAGUGAGGGUUAGGGUUAGCGCAACGCUGACUGACAAAGUAGUGAAAUAGCCUGUACAGAGCAUCUUGUGAGAAGUACUGGCAGCCGCGAGUGCAGCAUCGACAGCAAAAAUAAGAGGGUGAGUUCCCUCCUAUCUCCUUGUUCUGAAAGGAGGAAACUAUAUUUGAAUGUCCAAGACAAGUUUGAGUCUAGUCAUAAAACUGGAUCCAUUGCAACCUUACAGAAUGAGUCCAAGAACUUCAGGACACUGAAGUUGGGAGAACCAGUAUAUUCUUUGGGGGGAAGAAAACUGGAAAUACCAAUAUGGCAUUUUUAGGUAAAGGCUCUUACAAUAGUUGAGUUUUCAAUGCAGACAUUUUUCCUUGAUAUUGGUGCCACUCAACCAAACAGUAUUACGAUAAUAACCAGUAUAAGCCCAGUUGCCUGAGUAGGUAGGAUUGCUCUCUGAUACCUCCAUAGCGUUUUCCCUAAUUGUUUCUUUCUGCACUAAGGAUUGUUAGUAAUUGUUUCAGAAUCAGAUAUUGCGUCUGUAAACUUCAGGGCUGACUUACUGCUCAGUUUGUUCCAUCGGGAGAAGUUCUACCCGUAGAAGUAUCUGAAGGUGGAAUGCAGACAUGGUGUCACUGCUGUUUCCAGCAGUAUGAAUUUUUCGAGGAGAUUUGAAUAAACCCAGAUGAACUUG